AUGUGUCCAUGGUCACUGGGACAUUAUCUACUUCGAGAGUAUAUAAGGAGACCGGUCCGAAACUCAGACCAGACAGAAAUCGCUCUCCCGCCAUUCAAAAUGCUGAAAUUCGUGUGUCUCGCCGUCUGUGUUGUCUACGUUAGCGCCACCUGGGGUAGAGGAUAUGGUGGUGGAUAUGGCGGUGGAUAUGGAGGUGGAUAUGGCGGUGGAUACGGAGGUGGAUAUGGCGGAGGAUACGGAAUAGGUGGAGGAUUUUAUGACGACGGAUAUGGAAUCGGAGGUGGAUACGGUGGGUACGGAGGUGGAUACGGCGGUGGUGUUAUCGGAAUUGGAGGUGGAUAUGGAGGUGGAUACGGAGGUGGAUAUGGAAAAGGAGGUGGAUACAUCAUCGGAGGUGGAAUCGGAGGAUACAGUGGUGGAUAUGGUGGUGGAUACGGUGGUAUUGGUGGUGGAUACGGACGCAGAUCCAAAGGAAAGGGAUACUAUUAA